AGUUUGACACGGGUACUUCUAAUAUUACCUGUCCUGGGAGUUUGCUGCGCCUGACGGAUCCAAACAAACGCAGUUUUCACCGUGGACAUACGCGGAAGGGAACAAUAUGCAUUUCCACAGUAUUUGAAGUAUUUCUCCAGUUAGCUGCAGACAGGCUUGGUAACAUGUCUCUGCAUUCACCUCUAAUUGGAAGCACUGCACUCGGGAUUAUGUCAACUGAGGUGUUUUGCAGAGAGACUAGAAUGGGAAUGUAUCUCGAGGAAUAAUGAAAAUGAUCAGUGGAAGUAUAGAAAGAACAUUAUAACAAUCAAAUACGAUGGAUACUCGACGGAAAAAGAAGUUGACAUUUUUCACCAUCGGACUCAUCUUUCUUCUAAGCGGUAUAGAAUAUGCUGUGAUAUUGCCCACAAUAUGGCGAUACUUGCAGACUUUAGAUGCAGCACCUUACUUCCUGGGUUUGGCUUUAUCAGCAUUCAGCCUGAGUGGCCUCCUCUCAGGACCGCUAUUUGGUCAUUGGUCUGACAGAACACGAACCACCAAGAAGAUCAUCUUGUUUGCCAAUGUUUUUGAGAUAGUUGGUAAUUUCAUGUACUUCAUGGGCUACUCCAAGUGGCUCUUAUUGUCAAGUAGACUGGUGGCAGGCAUCGGCACAGGCGCUGGCUCAUCCAUCUUUGGCUUCCUGACCAGAAGCACAGCCCCAGAGGAUCGCGCCACUGUAUUUGCAGCUGUCAUGGCAUGUCGGCAGGCUGGCCUUCUGAUUGGUCCAGCAUUUAACAUCUUCCUGAGGCUGUGUGAUUUCCACAUUGGUCCUUUUGUGGUCAAUAAAUACACUGCACCAGGGUUGUUCAUGUGUCUGCUGUGGAUUCUCCUUCAACUGGCUGUGGUCUUCAUGUACUGGGACCUACCACCUCCAGAAAGGGUUAAGGCCAAGGAGAGUUCAACAAGCAAAAACAGGGAACAGGAGAACGAGCGAGGGCUUGUGGAAGAUGAGGAAGAGGGAGAUGAUGAGGAAAAGCCACUAAUGGCGUCCCAGGAGCUGGCGGGGUCCUACGGCUCAGUGGUGACACCCAACUCAACUAGGGACCACACCUCUGACACUGUGAAUGCAACGGUGAAUCAUAUUUCUCCACCCUCUUCUCCCAUGCCACCAGAGUCCGACAGGCCUUCUAGCCCCCUUAAGAAUUUCAGCGUAACCCGAGAGUUCCUGAGAGAAGAGGUGGUUGUGCUGCUGGCUGCUCAGUUCAUCACCCUCUUCAAUCAGACAGCACUUGAGACCAUGGUGACCCCACUGACUCAGAAGUACUUCAGCUAUGGGGAGCUGGAAAACAGUGUCAUGUACUGUCUGUGUGGUGUGGAGGUGAUCGCUGGCUUCCUGUUUGUGCGCUGGCUGAGCCAGCGUGUUGCUGAGCGGGUGGUUCUGGCCAUUGGCCUCACCAUCUGCAAUAUCUCCUGUGUCUGGUGCCUCAUCUUCCUGGCCAGCCCACUGGGUGGUUUUCCGUGGCAGCUGACAGAGUUCAUCAUUGGGGUGUUUUUGCAGGUUUUGGGGUUGCCAUUUGUGGCUGUGGCCCAGGUUUCUCUCUUCUCCAAAGUCACUGCGGAGAAAACGCAAGGUUUCAGUCAGGGAGUACGUCGCUCAGUUGGUGGUCUAGCUACCAUCCUGGGCCCUCUGUGGGCUGGUGGCCUUACUGGGAACAUGUAUAUAAUGAUGGGUGUUAUGAUGGCACUUCUGGCGCUGCUAACGAUGAUGCUGGCUUUCUCAUAUGACCGGCUGGUUGAACCUGCUGCCGAGGAGGAAGAAGAAGAAAGCCCAGAGAUCUGUGGUUGAUGCAGCUGGAAACGUAGAUAUGAAAGCCAGAGCAAAGUGGGAGGUCCCUGUCCUGCACCUCACAGUCCCUCCACAGUCACUCUCUGCUUUGGGACCAACGUGCAGGGUGAUAAUACACACCAAUAUCAUACACCUCACCAACUCACGAGUUCUUCCCUAAAGCUUGGACUCGUCAAUGUUGUACACAGAGGCUGAUGAAAGUACUUAUUUGGUGUAUUUGUAUAUUUCCCAUGGAAAUAUGGAGUCCUGCUGACACCACAUGUGUCCAAGCAUUGGAUGAAAAUUGUUCCCAACCGUUUGUGUUCUGCACUAAGCACCAGGGAGGUGCAUCACAUAUUCUGCGUGUGUCUCAGCACAUGCAAUAUAAUACUUAUUGUUAAAUUAACAUGGCGAGUGGUUGUUUAUUAAAGAUAUAGCUGAAUAUCCCUGUGCUGAGAAUUGGCCUUGAUGAAUUGUGAUUUCAGUCAACUUUUAUAUUCAUAUACAUCUGAUAUAACAAAAGUUCUCCCUGAAUGCAACUAAACAUAUGCAAUUACUUUAUUUUCAUUGCAAAAUGCAUAAAUUCAUUUAAAUGCUGAACUAUAUGUUUUGUGAAUUAAUUCACUACCAUUCAAUCAGUGUGUCUAAAAGAACUGCUAAGAAUUUUAUUAAUUUGGGUUUUAAUUUAGAGUUUGUCAUCCUGUAAUGAUAUAAACACUGUUUCAAAGUCUGCACAGAUUAUCCCAACCAUAGAAGUAAUACAGUUCUCACGGAAAUGGUCAAUACCUGUAGUUUUUGGUGUGGAAAUGUUAGAUAUUAAAUUUCACAGUAUAUCUGAAAAUAAAAAUCCUUUGGAUAUCUGUAAUACCCAAAAAUAAAUGAAUGAGGCAAUUAAGUAAUAAAAGGUGUCUUGCCUUGCUUUGAAAAGAGCAGAGUAAUAAAAACGUUCAGUGGUGAUGGUGUAGUACAUAUUUUCAACACUGGUGGGCACUCUAACUCUUUCUUCUGGAUUAUACAGUUCAUUCAUUGCCAUUACUGAAUGUGAAAUAUGUUACACCAGUCAGCCAGAAAACUCCAUAAGGUCAAGUGCAGUGUCACCAAAGUAUAUUUAAAAAAAUGCUUUAUUAGCAAAUUUAGUGCUUUUAAAAAGUCUUCUAGAUGUUUUAGGUUCACAGAAAGAACAUUUACACCAAUCAGUCUCAGAACAGUUGUUUCUAAAGGCUUUAACUUUAAUGUUUUAUACCUCUUGAAAAAUCUGUUCAGGUUUUACACUCACAAAUCAAAAAAUAUGUCAUGAACUGAGACUAUUUAUUUCGUAUUUAUCAUACAUUUAUUUAUUAGAUAUUUUGUGGGCACCUAACAUGUACAUUAACUUUUUUAUUAGUUUUUGUUUUGUUUUUUUUUGUUUUUUUUAUUCCUUGUCUCUAUAUGGAAAACGAUAAAUCUUCCACUAUGCUUCAUUUAUUUAUGUUUCAUUGUUUUGGAAAUAUUUAGGAAAUAAUGAUUGUGUGUUUGUGAAGUUAUUAUGUAAGCUGAGCAACAUCGUUGUUCAAUACUGAAAUUAAUUAUAAUAUAAUGAUUCACUUAAAAAAAAUAAAGAA